AUGACUCACUCUACUUCAUCCCUAUUUAAAAAACCCUUGAUAUGUACUGUCUGUCAGGAGAGAUUCUCGCGCAGUGAUCAUCUCGCAAGACAUUUCCUUCGUCGUAGGCUACCCCAUACAUACGCCUUCUCGCUUUCUGUCCUUGUACCCUCCGCAACUUCCUGCGAAACUCACCCUGAACAUUGUAUCUUCCUACCUGCUGAAGUUUCGAUCAGAUUCUGGACGAAGGCCAUACAAUGCAUUUCAAGAAAACUCCGUUGCGAUGGUAAUAACCCUUGCAGUUCCUGCGAGAAAAAAAAUUACUUGUGCGAUACUGAAAGAACAAUGUCGCACAAAUACGACUUCGCCGGAGGCACCGUCUUGAUGGAAAGCGAUGAGUCCGAACAGGCCUCUGACCAGGUCUUGGCAAAAAUCAUCCUUGCAAAAGGAACGGACAGUUUCACUGAAAACUUCUUUCUCCCACCUUCGUACAAUGAUACGAUUCGUGACUUUCAAUACCAUAAGCUCCAAGGUCUAGAGGCUACUACAUCCACAUUGCCUUGCAGCCCGCCACAACAUGGUGUCGAUUAUGGAACUUCACUAAGUGACACAGAACCGGAUAACCUGCCUUGCAUUGCACACAUGUUUAACGAUUUAUUCAACAAUCCUUUUGGUUAUCCAUGUAACCGGGUAAAUGAUACCUUCGCAGAGCAGGCCACAUACCAGACGAUCGUAUCCACGAUGCCGAAUUCUAGCUUCAAGUCACUCACAGAGCAGCCCAAACUUGAGCCUGAGAGGCCGCUUGCUCGUUUUCUGAUCCAGUCGAUUUUGACGAGAGCAUGGAAGGUGCCUCUCAAAACAAUAGAACAGGACAAAAUAUUCUCAAACUUGGCUUUCCUGUUGACAACUGCACGCAUUGAACGCUUCAAAGAAAUGUAUUUCGAGCACUGGCACCCAAAUGGUGCGAUGGUCCACCCUUCGUCUUUUGAUUUGGAAACCAUCUCACUGCCCUUACUUACAUCCAUUAUAUUCAUGGGAGCCAUGUACUCAAAGGAUGAGAUGGAAGUACGCACCGCGAAGCAAGUGGUCGACUUUACGGAGCUAUUUGUUUUCUCCAGUCCUAUAUUUUCCUAUGAUAGCGAAAUCAGUAUCGCCUUCUUUAAGAACAGAGAUGUUGGUGACAAGCCCAAAGAUUGGACCCAAUUCCAGGAUCUUCAAGCAGGAUUGAUCAUGGUCAUUGCGCAGUACUGGAGCGGCAGUCAUACAUCGCGAAGUCGCGCGAAAGAGGAGAGGUUCCGUCAGGUCAUCAAGGUGCACAAUGAUGGUAAAGUAUAA